AUGCUGGAGCUCGGGCUGCUGCUGUGGGCCGCAGCGACACGGGCCGCAGAGGCACAGACCGCUCCGCCUCUCAAUCCGCCCAUCGUGGUGCACUGUCCGUCCGGGGUGAGCCACAGGCUGGACUCAGAGGUGCGCUACACGUGCCUGUGGCAGUUCGCGCUGAUUCUGUCCUUCGAGCCCAGCCCUGGCACCGACGACAGCGGGUCCGCCCCCAUCGUCAGGUGGUUCGUCGACGAUCAAUUAGUGGCGAUGAGCUCACGAUGGUCGGGCCGCCAGAGAUUGACCUGGGUGCCGCUCGGCCCGGGCAUCAAGUUGACCUACGAGUCGGUCUCCUGCCCCGACUGCAUCUACCGGGGUGUAAUAAUCCACCUCGAGCAACUGAACGUCCUAUUCUUCCGCCUGCGGCCCGGCAACUCCCCGCUCGUCCCGCUGGUCUGGUGCACAAACCUCCGCAGCGCGGUCUGGAGCUACCGCCUGAGCUGCGCCGGGGCCACGCCCAGCUCCAUCAGCCGGGACGGCGACAGCCCCGACCAGACGCCGAUCGACCACCUGCCCGACGACAAACAGACCGAGUGCUCCCCCCGCUUCCUGUUCGAGGCCGAGGUGCUCUUCCCGCAGCCGGGAAACUACUCGUGUAGCCUGGACGUGGUCGGCGCCCCUUUCAACGCUCUCCGGGUCUCUAUCGAGGUCGGCAUGGCGAUGACCCUCCUGCUGAGCGCCCGCACCGCUGCCCUGCCCCGGGAGCGGACGUUGAUAGUGUCCUGGCAACUGUCGGCCAGGGCCGGCAUCUUCUCCUACCAGCUAGCCGCCCGCCCGCUCGCCCCCAGCUCCUGGACCCUGACCUACCACCCCAACGCUGUGGCCGUUCAGCUCUGCCCCUGCACCUGGCCCCACAGCAGCCAGUGCGUGGCCCAGUUGCUCUCGCUGCUGGACCGUUCAGUUGACCUCAGAGUUUCCACCACCACCAUCACCUUUCAGGGCGGGUCUGUGCAGUUCCUUAACAGUGGCAGGCUCAUCCGGCUGACACCCGACCCCAACACUCCAGGGACUGUCUUCUACUACAUCGGCCCCAGCAAUCAGCUGUACUACUCCAGAAUAGAUGGUCCACCUGGAAGCCACAAGCACUUCCUCUUCAUCAGAGCUGAAGAAAUCAACCACCUCUUACAGAUAGAUUACAGCAGCCCCCAGCAGUAUACACUCACCGUCCAACUCUACUUGAACCUAGAAGGGAAGAUUUACAAUUCUUUAAAGGGUCUGAAUGUCAGUCUCUCGCUGUUUAACAGUGGCCCCAAAAGAAUAGGUAAACAGGCUAAUGUGGUCUGGUUCAUUCCCCGUCAGCAUCCUGCCCUGCAGUGUGCUUGGAACUUUAGACUGACCAUUGAUAACAAAGUCAGCUCACAUGGUUAUAAGCAGAUGGUUAAAGAUGCACAACGGUAUAUCCCGGAUAUCCAGCUACCCUUUGACCCCAAGCAAUAUUGGGGUUACUUGUACAAGGUAUAUUGUUCAGCUUCUGGGGAUAAGCUGAUCCAGAUCAAUGCAAGCAUUGGUAGUUAUAGUCCCGCCCCAGUGGACUCCAUUCUGCUCUGCCUCCUGGCACGCUGCCAGGUGCCCUCGCCCACCAUAGAUAUUCCACCUCCUCCUUACACCAUUAUCCAGAGCAGCAAAGGCACUGCUCUGGAUAUGUAUGGAAAUGCUGGCGUACACUGCGAUAAAAUUAAAUCAGUGACCAUCUCUUGGAAGGUUUAUACUAUGGCAGACAGGGAUUCAGAGCCAAAUUGGGCUCAUAGUGUGCCGCUCCCGCCCAGUGUACGCACCACUACUGCCACCCUGCGCCUACCCAGAUUCAGUUUAGAUUAUGGAUUCUAUCGCCUCAUCCUGAAUGUGAUAAUUUCCACUACAGAUCCCAACUUGCCAUUCCUCAACAACUCAGCCCAAGCCUCUGUUGAAAUAACUAAAAGUGCACUGUUUGCAGUGAUUGCUGGGGGCUCUUUUAGGACAGUGGGUUUGGAGGACACCAUCACACUGGAUGCUUCCCUGAGUGCUGAUCCUGACUCACCCCAUCCGCUAGUUGGAUUGAACUUCUCUUGGUAUUGUACAAUGAAACUCUCAGACUACAGCACCAUGACACUCUCUGCAAAGCAAUAUUGUCAUCGUGGUAACCUUGCACUUAAAUGGAACUCCUCUACACCCCAAACUUUGGUCUUCCUUCCCCACACGCUGGCCCUGAAUAAGAGCUUUCACUUCCGAGUGGUAGUUCAGAAAGACACAAGGACCAGUUACUUUGACCAAACCAUCAGAGUCCUCCCUAGCUUUGUGCCAAAGAUGUUAAUAACUUGCAUUGAGAAUUGCCAAAGGUCCUUGUCACCAACAGAUCGUUUCAUCUUGGCUGGGGUUUGCUCCAAUUGUCCAGAUUCCAGUCAGAUGAAGUACCAAUGGAAACUGCUUUCAAGGGACUCAGGCUCUGAAGUGAAAUUCGAUUGGUCAUCAGAAAGUCUCACUGGAAACUCCAUGUAUUAUGUGUCAUUGAAUCCCUCAUCGUUUAUACACUUGGUCGAUGAGUGGUAUACAUUUGAAUUGAAAGCCACCACUUCCUUUGGUUCCCAAAGUCUCAACAGAUACAACUUUUACGUCAACUCCCCCCCAAAGGAUGGACACUGUGGUAUCACCCCAAAUUACGGAUGGGCCCUUCAUACUAAUUUUACCUUGACAUGCUUGAAAUUUCAGGACAAAGAUCCACCCUUCCGUUACAAGGUGAUUGCGAAAACGUACUAUCCAACUGGCAAUAUUGAUAGUCUGAAGAACAACAUUUUGGGUGUAAUUGUAUACUUUGGAUUUAGGCCAAAACUUACAACCUUUUUCCUUCCCGUGGGGAGCAUCUUUGGCAAUAAUGUUCUAAUUUUAGCUAUCCAAAUAUUUGAUAAACAGAAUGUCUAUACAAGAAUCAACCUUAAGGUCAAAGUAUAUGAUGUCCCAUUUGAUCCAAUUAAGAGAUCCAUGGUGGAUCAUCUAUCCAGCUUUGUGGAAGGAAAGAAUGCACUUUUGACGACUCUGCUUCAUGAAACAGAUUAUCUGAGAGCAAACAGGCUGCUUUACAUCGUUGCUUUCACUCUGAAUUCUAAUACCUUCACGGACAAAGACAAGGCCAAGGUCAUUAAGCUACGUGAAACUCUUCUCAAUGUUUCUGCCAGUAUUCCGGUCACAUCCCCCUUCCUUAUUUAUCAAAUAUCUGCAUCAAUCUUUGCGGCAGCUGAAAAGGAGGAUGAAGUAAAUCAAAAUGCCCAGCGCCUUGCUUCCACAAAACUCUUAGAACUUUCGUUGGUUCUUCUGAACUAUACGGAUGAAGCCGUGAUUCUCUCCGAUAGUGUUGAGCAGUUGGCUUGCAGUAUUCUGACCGCGGCCUCCACUGUGAUGGCUGCCUUUACCUUCCAGUUUUCUGCUCAAGGCUCUGCAAUGGUCAUCCCUCUAACCAAAAAUCAGCAGCGGGUGGUAGCUGAUAUAUUCCCUACCCUAAGGAUUUUGACAGAAGUAGUGUCUCGCAGCAAAGUCCCGGGUCAAAAAGAUACAACAAUGACAACUAGCCAAUGGGAAAUAACUUUGAGAAAAGUUGAGAAAGGCAACCUUGAGGAUUCCUUUCUUUCUGACCUGGAUUGUGCCAAUUGCUUUUACCCAGUAACAGAGGAAAGUGGGAUGGGAGCGACACAGCCGGUGACCUCUGUAAUAUAUAAGUUUGAAAAGAAUCCUUUGCCGUGGCUUGGGAAUGCAGAACACAUUGUUACAGAUGUGAAUGCCUUCCACACAACUACUUUGGAUAGCAAUGGAAGUGUGGUAGACUUGGUCACCAAACAAACAGAGGCCAUUAUGGUCAGAAGGGAUGUUAUGUUUGUUCAAAGAAUUAAAUUAAUAAAAGAUCCCACAUCAUUUAGUAUGAUCAGAGCUGUGUUCAGGAUUGUAGUGAGCUCCACCUCAGCUACAGAAGUCUUCCUCCAGUUAACUAUGGAUUUGAAUCCUGUCGUGACAGUUAGCAUUUACUCAGGGAAGGCAUUUGCUGACCAGGUUCCAGCUCAGAAACAUAUUAUUCCACAGUGUGAGUCAGGCCCAACUCCACACAGAGGUGUCCAUAUACCGGAUCCUUAUAUCAUUAUGAUCCCAAUCAAUCUGUUCCAGAUAAAUGAAACUGACCCUAAGCGUAGCAGAUACAUAAGCGUCAUUGUUGAAACAAAGUAUAAAAAGCCUCGAGCAGUUAUUAAGGAAGGGCUUGUGAUCUCUGUUUUUACUGUGAGCUGUCUGUCUUUCCAAGGGAAGGCUGACACUUGGGAUUCUGCCUCUUGCACAGCAGGCCCUCUUACAAACAGUGAAAAGGUACACUGCAUCUGCAGAAGUGUUUACAGUAACAAAACCAAGAGGAGCCUGAGCUUGAAGUUUCCCUGGUUCCUGGCUGCCAGUAUCUUGGUCAUGCCCAAUGCUAUUGAUUUGUAUGAAAUUGGAGAACUAAUUGUCACCUUGCCAAAGAAUGUUGUGACACUAAUUACAGUUUUAAUCAUUUUCCUCAUCUACUUCUUAGUGUUUUGGUGGGCAUGGAGAAAACGUGAGAGCGACAAGAAAAAAAUAAUUAUUCUACCUGACAAUGACCCCUGUGAUGCCGCUCUUUACUUGGUGACCAUUUAUACAGGGGGCCGACCAAAUGCUGGGACAACGGCAGAUGUCUUUCUGAUUCUGGUCAGCAUGUCUUCUGAGAGCAAUGCUUAUCUUCUCCGUCAUCCGGAUCAUCAGACUUUCCAAAGAAGUAGCGUGGACACCUUCCUGCUCACCGCCAAAGUUGAUCUAGGGGAGCUUACCUUUAUCAGAGUCUGGCACAAUAAUGUUGGACACUCUCCCUCCUGGUAUCUCAGCCGUGUAAAGGUGCAAAAUGUGUUAACUAGACAGCAAUGGCACUUCUUCUGCAGAAAGUGGCUAGCUACCAUGAAAGGUGAAGGUCUAUUGCUCGGCACAUUUCCAGUUAGUAGUGCUGGUAACCUUUUGAGGAGACAGGAUGUCUUUUUCAUCGAAGUGUCCAGCAGGAUUGAGAAAGAACACUUGUGGUUCUCUAUCUUUGCCCUCCAUGUUGACGAGUCCUUCACCAGGAUUCAGCGGUUGUCCUGCUGUUUGGCUAUGCUGUUGUGCAGUCUGCUAACCGGCAUCGUGCUCUUCCAAGUAGAGGAGCAGAAAGAAUUUUGGUACAAAGUAAGGAUUUCUCUUGCGAUUGCAGUUGAAAGUGCAUUGGUGAUGAUCCCUGUUGAGCUCGUAAUAUCUGGUCUGUUUGUAUAUGCGCAAAGGAAGGGUGAAUCCUUAUUGGUGGAGGAAGACCAAGACGUUGCCGGCAAAUCAAAUGACGAUAUCAACGUGAAAUCAAAUUGGAGAGAGAGGUUGAAGUACUGGUACUUGAUGGACAAACCAGUCAGUGAAGCUGAAGAAAUUCCCGAGAAUGUGGUGGAUGUGCCAACAUAUGAGCACUACAAUUAUUUAUCCUAUAUUGCGGGUAAGGAUAACAUCCUUGACCCCUCAGCUAAAGAAAACAACAACUGUGUCAUUCCGCAGUCUGUGGCAGAUCAAAUUUCGGAGGAUGUGGAAGAAAUGGCUGGUAGAGAGAAGAAGGCUACAAUGAAGGCCAAACCAUUGGCAAAGCCUCAUCAAGUUAGAUCUGCAAGACAGGAGAGACCGAAAGGUAGAUUUCAUCUAUCCAAAAGCAUAGGACCAAGGAUAUUUUCUCAGUGUCUCAUGUACCUUGCGUGGUGCAUUGUUUGGUUAGUGUCAAUUGUGUCUGCAGUGUUUAUCGUACUCUAUGGACUAUCAUAUGGUGUACAAACCUCUUGGUUAUGGCUGAUUGCUUCUACUGUUUCCUUUCUCCAGAGCAUUUUCAUUCUGCAGCCCCUGAAGAUUAUGGCCUUUGUUGCUCUUUUUGCCUUGAGCCGCAGACGGUCCAGGGAGAUGGACUGGUCUAUAGGAAUACAGGUGCUGACGAUUAGUGCAGAUAACCUUCCCAAAAAUGACAGUGACUGUCUCUAUUUAGAACCCCGAGUCAGAAAGCAGUACAGGCCACUAGAAGGUGAUGAGCUCAUAUUGGUCAAGAAGAAAGCGAACAUCAAACAUCGUGCAUUUGUGCUGUGCAGACGGAUGUUGUUGCAUCUGAUUUUCCUUGGACUCCUGCUGCACUCAGUGUGCUUUGCAGAUUACAAUAAUGCUUACUAUUACAACAACAUCAUUCAGCAAAGAUUUUCGGAAAAUCUGGAGGACGUUAACACAGUCCAAGAGUUCUACAGCUGGAUGAAGGGCAUUUUCUUGCCCUUGAUUCACGUUGACUCAAAUCUGUAUUUAUUUAAUGACACCAACUCCGUGAUCAUAGGUUUGCCGCGAAUGAGGCAGAUCAGAUCCAAACAAAGAUCAGCAGAUUGCUUUAUAAAGGUCAAUGAAUUGUCCAUCAUACUGGGUAAAUUCCGUUGUCGACCCUUGUUUAAUAUUAAACAGGAAGACACCAAGAAUUACAAUGGUUCCUGGGAACUGUCGAUUGAAAGUAUUUCCAUGAAGGACUCGUUAGAAUACACCGGUUGGUUGUACGAAGCAAAAGAUUCCCCUUGGUUCUAUAAUACACGAGGGGAAUAUCAUCAAUAUUCAUUGGGGGGCUACUCCAUAUACUUCUCCCCAUCUAACUUACAGACUUCAUUAGAAAGAUUAAUGAUCCUCCAGAAUCACAGCUGGGUUGACAGGAGCACAUGGGUGGUGGUCAAUGAACUCACUGUUUACAAUGCAAAUGUUGAUUUAUUAUGCAGCAUUUCGCUAAUUGUGGAGACAAUCCCUCUCGGUGUGAUCAGCAAGACGUUGUCAGUGAAAUCCUUUUCCCUUAGGCUCUUUAGGAGAAGUGAAACGAACUGGAUCUUCAUUAGCAUUCUCUUCAUCUUUUUCUUUGUCAUAUUUGUCGUACAAGAAUUAAGGACAAUGAGACAGAAAGGAUACAUGUACUUCCAGAAACUGGAAAGUCUUACUAACUUGGUCUUAACUUUAUUGCUGCUGAUAGCAAUAGUUCUUAACGUAGCCAAAUUUUUAUUAUCACAGAGUAUGUUGAAGUUCUACGAGAAGAAUCCAACCUCAUUCAUAGCUUUCCAUGUCAUUUCUGCCUUGGAUCAGCUGCUCAGAAUUAAUGUGACUUUCCUAGUCUUUGUCACAAUUGUGAAGUUGCUUAGGUACGCACGGUUCCUCUACUAUGUACGUCUCGUUCAGGAGGCCAUUAGUGUCUACCUACCUGCUCUCAGCUCCAUGGCUCUGCUAAUGAUUGUGUGUUCACUUAUUUUUAUAUUUUUGGGGUACCUGCUCUUUGGUCAGUUUGAUAAGAAUUUCAAUACGUUCAUUCAUGCAGCACAGACCAUUGUGUCGUACUACACAGGAGAAUUUGACAACACAGAUUUUCCCUCGAAUAGGGUUAUUGGUGGCAUCUACCUGGUAAUUUUUCUCUUUAUUAUAAACAGUAUCCUCAUAAAUCUUUUUGAAUCUGUGGUCAUCCUGUCUUAUGGAGAUAUGAGACAAGUCAUUCAUGAAAAGCCAGCUGAGGAGGCAGAAGUGGCAGCCUUUAUAGUGCAGGAAUUUCGACGUGUGUGGUAUGCAUUGUGGAGGAAAACUCCCCCAGAAGGUGGCAAUGAGUUUCUCUCAACUUUGCUUUAUGGAAGUGGCUCCAAAAGAACUUAUGGGUUAAAAUGGAAGAAACUUAAAGGGAAGAAGGAAAAUUAUCUAUUUAUUUGA